UGCGGGAGGAGGUGGGGGCGGCCGGCGGCCCGGGGCGGCCCCCUCGGCAAGGUCGGCGGCAGGAUAGCGGACAGGGUGUUUGACAUCACCAGAACAUUUCCUCUUGCUUUGGAUGUUGGCUCUGGAAGAGGUUACAUAGCUCAACAUUUAACCAAGGAAACCAUUGAAAAACUUAUUCAAGUUGAUAUUGCAGAGAAUGCUUUAAAAAAUGCUGUGGAAUCUGAAAUCCCUACAGUCAGUGUUGUAGCUGAUGAGGAAUUCCUUCCUUUCAAAGAAGAUACAUUUGAUCUUGUUGUUAGCAGCUUAAGUUUACAUUGGGUGAAUGACCUUCCUAGAGCUUUUAGAGAGAUUCACCAAGUUCUUAAGCCAGAUGGAGUAUUCAUUGGUGCGAUGUUUGGGGGAGACACUCUGUAUGAGCUUCGCUGCUCUUUGCAGCUAGCAGAACUGGAGAGAGAAGGGGGAUUUUCUCCUCACGUAUCACCGUUCACUGCUGUCUCUGAUUUGGGACAUCUGCUCUCGAGAGCUGGCUUUAACACCCUGACUGUGGAUACUGACGAAAUUCAGGUCAACUACCCAGGGUUGUUUGAGGUUAUGGAAGACUUGCAAGGUAUGGGGGAGAGUAAUUGCUCUUGGAAUAGAAAACCUCUGCUACACAGGGAGACAAUGUUGGCAGCUGCUGCAAUAUACCGAGAAAUGUACGGAAAUAGCGAUGGCUCGGUACCUGCCACAUUUCAGAUCUACUACAUGAUUGGCUGGAAAUUCCAUGAAUCACAGGCAAGACCAGCCCAGAGAGGUUCUGCAACAGUUUCAUUUGGAGAUCUGGCAAAAAUAGAUGGACUUCUUUCAAGAGGAAAAAAAUAGUUCUUCAUCAGGAAUAAUAGUUGUCUUGAAGCUUCUAUAAAACUUUUCAUUGCAGAUAGUCUUCAGUUGUGUUUAUUUUGUGACGACAUUCUGAAAUGAUAAUAAUCUGCACGCAACGGGGUUUUUUGGCUUUUUACUGCCUAUACUACAACAUCAGCUGUGUAAAAUAGUGUUCAUUUUUGUUUCUAGAGAAAUACUUGAGCAGUAUUCUAAUUGAAUACAUGCUCUCCAACUUUUAAAUUACUAUUCUCAAAUGUAAUGCCUCUUCCAGCAUUUCAGUAGGACAGACUGCUCCAGGUAUGAUUUGCAAGUCUUGAGUGUAUAUCACCCUGCGUUGCUUUUGAAUUAUUUCUAAAGGAUGGUAGAUCAUAAUAAAGAAUAGUACUUCG